AUGGAAGUUGCAGGUCUGAAAAAGGAAGCGAAGAUGGUGUUUGAUGAAACUGAACUGACGUUGGGAUUGCCUGGAAAUGGAAGCAAAGUAACAGAAGUAGUAGUAAGGAAGAGAGGUUUCAGUGAAACUGAGAGUGAGAGUGACAAUGAAAGCGAAAUAACCACUGUAGAUUUGAAGCUUAAUCUCUCUCCCAAAGAAGGUGCAGCAGAUCCGCAGUUUAAGCCUAAGGAGAUAGCUCUUCUGGUUUCUGAUUCUCGCACCAAGCCUCCUGCUAAGGCACAAGUGGUGGGAUGGCCACCGGUGAGGUCGUUCAGGAAGAACCUGUUUGCAGGGCAAAAGAGCAGUGAAGGAUCAGAAGAAACCAAGAACAAAAGCAUUGACGGUUCUAAUGCAAUAACCUUUGUGAAAGUUAGCAUGGAUGGAGCACCUUAUCUUCGCAAAAUAGACCUCAAAAUGUACAAGAGUUACCCGGAGCUUUCUGAUGCCUUAGCCAAAAUGUUCAACUCCUUCACCACAGGAAAUUGUGAAUCCCAAGGAAUCAAGGAUUUCAUGAAUGAGAGUAACAAGUUGAUGGAUCUAUUGAAUAGCUCUGACUAUGUUCCAACUUAUGAAGACAAAGAUGGUGACUGGAUGCUUGUCGGUGAUGUACCAUGGGAGAUGUUCAUGGAAUCAUGCAAGCGUUUACGUAUCAUGAAAGGAAAGGAAGCUAUUGGACUGGCACCAAGAGCCAUGGAAAAGUGCAAGAAUAGAAGCUAG